CAUCAAAGUUUACAGAAUGUAAAGGAAAAUUUCUGGAAAAAUUUAACGAUAAACUCUCACCUUUACCUCUCGCUUUUGGAAAAACUGAGACUGUUACAGUCUCUGGAAAGUUACCAUGUUACGCCUUGGGAUUAGUAAUGGUGAUGGGGACGCGAUCUUUAGCGAAAAGUAUGGAUUUUUGUGCUGUACAAGGAAGUCCUUGUCCCGCUGGUCCUGGAACAAAUUUAAUACACCGGUGA